CGUGGAUCCUGAUACCCUCGUGCUCGGUCUGGACAACCCGAUAUUGUUUAGUACUCCGUACAUCGCAGACCCGGUCUUACUUUGCUUCUUCUGUUUCGGGAUCUUGUCCCCUCACGCUGUGAUCAGAAGUAGGUAAAUCAAAUCUCAGCCCCUAGAAGCAGACCUGCGGUGAACGGAAAUGAAGAAGGAAGACACGGUGAAGCUUAUCAGCGCCGAGGGAUUCGAAUUCGUGAUCGAUAUGGAGGCUGCUAUGGUUUCUCAGACCAUCCGCAACAUGCUCACUUCUCCUGGGGGUUUCGCGGAGACAGAGCACCGAGAGGUGACUUUUCCUGAGAUCAGUACCACCAUUCUCGAGAAGAUCUGCCAGUACUUUUACUGGCACCUUCAAUAUGCAAGAGGGAAGGAGACAGAGUUUCCUAUAGAGCCUGAACUCACUCUGGAAUUGAUGAUGGCUGCUAAUUAUUUGCACACUUGAGGAAACUGGCAUCCGAGUAGCAACAUAAUGGAUGGUUUCAUCAUCCGAGGAGUAUUAGAACCUGGUACCAUAUCUGGUAUUUCCUUCAAGUCUUGCAGUGUAGUCCGUAGUAGUUGUUGACUUGUUCAAGCACUGGAAUAUGUAUUGUAAAAUUCUAUAAACUAAAUUAGUCUUGACGUUAACUAUAAGCCCUAAAAUAGAGGUAGUGUCGUUUUAGACUCUGAUAUGUUACAACUGCGUGCAUAUAAAUCUGUCAAUUUAUUGCAUGGAUUCUUAAAAUUCUAGUGUAAAUACUUGUAGUAUCAUGUUACGCAUUUAUUUCUCCUUGAUUAUUUGUAGACUGCUCUUUAUUGUAACAUGGAAGUGGAAAAAUGACUUGUACAAUCAAGACUAGACUAGCCAGUUCCACUUCAAAAUACUCAUUAUCUAGUACUAUUUCAUUUCAUUCUCAGUAUGUAGUACUACUUCAUUUUAUUUCAUUCUCAUUAACUUAACAAAAGAACUUGCGAUCAAGACUAGCCACCAAGUGUAGUGGUGAAAAUAGCUUAGUGGAAAUCUAUUUGAUAGAGGAACCAAGAUAUGCCCUUGUAUCCUUUACUUUUCAAUUCACGCACCAGCAUAUCCACUCAUCCUUAUUUGUAGCAAAAUACUCAUCCAUAAAGAUUGUUAACUUAUCAGCAUAUUGCAUUAAUAAAAAAGAUUUCUAUACGCCGGUCCACUGAACAUAUGGCUGGACUAGGGCCGGUUCGGGCCCGGUUCGGGCCUGGGCCCGGCCGGGCCUCGGGCCAAAAAACGGGGGCCCGAGCCCGAACCGCCGGUGGCCGGUUCCGGGCCAAACCGGGCCGGGCCAGGCCAAACGGUCCAUUUUUUUUUUUUGGUUCUCCUAUUGUUGGGUUAAGGGCCCAAGCCGAGGUCCGGCCCACUAACCCCUCCUUACCAGACGCACGUCCAGUUAGAACACAAGGCCAGCCCACAGGCCCAUGUUCUUUGAGGAUGGACGAACGUCUGGGGUUGGGAGUUCAGGCCCAGCGGCUCAUCCCGACGAGCGUCUAUGCAGGGACAAGGAGCAGGGCCACGGGCCACCAGGGAUGACGACGAACGUCCCCAUGCCAAGCCUAUGGUCAUCGGAGGAAACCCAGUCCACAUGGUGAGUAUCUAUCAAGGCCAGAAGACGAACAACCGGUAUCUCUUGAGGGUCACUUGGAGCGAUCCGACUCACUUCCCGGGCGGACGAACGUCCCCACUGAUUGGGCGGGAAACCUAGAUUCUGGCGGGAAGUGCAUUUAAUGCUGAAGAUUUGGUAGUUGGGGCACCAGCGGUCCACAGGCUGCCACGUCAGUACAGCCACCUACCCAUUGGCGGGUAUAAAUAGAAGCAUUUAUUUCAUUGUAAAGGGUUGGCAACUUUCUAUUCUUAGCAUACUAGCUUCAGCAUUCUUACUUGUAGCAUUUCCAACUGCCUUGUAAGACGAACGGCCGACGUGCCUUUUUAGCAAGUAGAUUGUACUUAGGGGAGUUAUUACGAAGUUAAUAAUACCUAUUUACAUUGCCUG